CUCCCAAGUCCCAACUCCCAACAGGCCUAAAUGGCGGCGGCCGGAACAAUUCCCGGCGCCGCCGCAGCCAUUGGCGCUUCUGUGUCCCAACGCCAACGUCGCGUCGGCGCUCCUUCUUUCGUAGCUGCCUACGUCUCCGAGGGCACCCGCCUCGUCUGCCGGAGGCAGCUCCGUCCGGCUCCGGUCCUCGCUUCUUCCUUCAUCUCCCUUUCUCAUCCAGCGAGGCGGCGGUUCCUCUGCGAUGCUGCGGCCGGAGCCUCCUCAGGUCCCGCUGGAGAAGCCAAGCCCCAGGGAUUUGCAGAGAGAUACCCAGCUCUUGUCACAGGUUUCUUCUUCUUCUUGUGGUAUUUUCUGAAUGUAAUAUUUAACAUCCUCAACAAGAAGAUCUUCGACUACUUCCCCUAUCCAUAUUUUGUGUCAGUGAGCCAUCUUUUUAUUGGAGUACUAUACUGCCUUAUUGGCUGGAGCUUCGGCAUCCCAAAGCGCGCGCCAAUCAACUCAACACUUCUGAAGCAGCUUGUUCCAGUUGCGGUUUGCCAUGCCAUUGGCCAUGUAACAAGCACUGUGUCAUUUGCUGCUGUAGCUGUGUCAUUUGCCCACACUAUUAAAGCUCUCGAGCCAUUCUUCAAUGCGGCUGCUUCCCAGUUUAUCCUUGGACAACCAGUUCCAUUGACACUCUGGCUGUCUCUUGUUCCAGUGGUGAUUGGUGUCUCGGUAGCAUCCCUCACUGAACUCUCAUUUAAUUGGACUGGCUUCAUUAAUGCCAUGAUCUCAAAUAUUUCUUUCACCUACCGAAGCAUCUAUUCUAAGAAGGCUAUGACUGACAUGGAUAGUACCAACUUGUAUGCAUACAUAUCAAUAAUUGCUCUCUUUGUCUGCAUCCCCCCUGCAAUUAUUAUUGAAGGACCUCAAUUAGUGCAGCAUGGUUUUAAAGAUGCAAUUGCCAAAGUUGGAUUAACAAAGUUGAUUUCUAAUUUUUUUGUGGUGGGCUUAUUCUAUCACCUUUAUAACCAGGUUGCUACAAACACAUUGGAGCGGGUAGCCCCUUUAACACAUGCCAUCGGCAAUGUGUUGAAACGUGUUUUCGUCAUUGGCUUUUCCAUCAUCGCAUUCGGCAACAAGAUCACCACACAGACUGGAAUUGGCACUUCCAUUGCUGUUUCUGGUGUUGCCCUCUACUCAUUUAUAAAGGCUAAGAUUGAGGAGAAAAAGCAAAUAAAGAGUGCAUAAGGUGUUGGCUGAUGUGGAUGCGGUUGGUUUGUCGCUUUGAUGGACCUCUAUUCUCUCGGUGAACGAACAAACUUGCAAGAUGGAUAAAAUCUUGCUAUCUCCUAGUACAUUUGAUUGUUAUUCCCAGUCUGGUACUGAGGUGUGCGGUUGUUGUUGGCUAACUUGUUUAUUUGAAGCAAAUUUGAGCAAUGCUCAGUGGCAUGGAAUUUCCAUUUCUGUUUUCCUUCGCUCAUUUAUUCUGACUUGACAUGGUGCUAUUGUAAUCUUAAGCAGUAGUGUCUCUAGAAUGUUUUCCCCAAGGAGAUUUCAGUACCAAAUUUGAACAAUCCUCAAACUAGAAAUUUUGAUUUCCAUGCACCCCACUCAGCAAUUCUGACAUACAAUGGUGUUCAUGUAAUCUUAAGCAGUAGUGUCUCCUGAUCUUUCCAAGGAGAUUUUCAGUAUCGUUGAUAGUACAUUACGAUAAAAAGCAAAAUGCAGUGAGAGCAAUGUUGCCAAUCGUGUGAUAUAACCUAUUUGUACUAAGGUAUCAUUGUUGACAGGAGCAAAUUAAUUGUACCAGGUUGCAAACAUGUAGCAUGCAGUUUAAAUGUUACACUUAUGACAUGGGUCACAUGUGUAGAUAGACAGGCUAAGGUGGAAUUU